GAAAGCCCCACCAACCCUUGAUUUGCCACGUGGCUUGUGAGACAUAAUUAAUCUCACAUUCAUCAAAAUUGGAUACCUAGCAUAAUGUCUUACACUAUCUCUCUGAAAGCAUACAGCAAAAUCAUUCUGCACUGCUCUAAGUACCCUCAUAAAGCUAUCAAUGGAGUAGUCAUCGGCUCAGUCUCCAAAGAAACACAAAGUGUCCAGAUUCAAGAUGCCAUCCCUAUGUUUCACUUAGGCAUUGGCCUAGCUCCAAUGUUGGAAGUUGCACUCACACAGGUUGAGAUCUAUUGCGACACAAAGGGGUUAAGUAUUGUGGGUUAUUACCAUGCCAAUGAGAGAGUCAAUGAUGCGACAAUCAGUGACACAGCAGUCACCAUUGCCAACAAGAUUGCCGUUAAUUGUGACAAGGCGUGUCUACUAAUUGUUGAUAAUGAAGCACUUGGAGACCAGACAAAGUCAGGUCUAAAGCUCCAGGUGUUGAAGAGUGACUCGGGACACAGCCACUGGAAAGAGCACCUCAGUGCACUGAAAUUUCUUGACGAGCAAACAAUUGUCAACACAAGAAAACUGGUUCAAAACAACAUGGCUGAGAUUCUAGUGGAUUUCGAUAAUCAUUUGGAUGACAUUCAACUUGAUUGGACAAACCCUAAAAUCAAUAGAGCUCUUCCCAACGGUACAAUACAGUAGAGUUGGCAUUUAAUCAGCAUUCUGUAGCCACAUGUAUUGUCUGCACUUGUUUGUGUUGCACAGGUACUUUAGUCUUGUAGUUAUCAAUAUUAAUUGUGUGUGUUAGAUUUGCAUCCAUUAAUUUGUAUACUCAAUUUGUUAUAAUAGAAUCUUAUUCGUACAACUUA